UUGAACAGGUGCAGGAUAUAGCUAUCCAGAGAGAGGAGUAUGUCUGUCAAAACAUCCAAACAGCCACCACAGUGUUCUUCGUAAAUCCAUUCUCGCAAGUCACACCUCGAAGUUUCUCUUCUUCUUCUCUCUCUCUCUGCGAUUUCUCUCCACAAAUCAAAGGGGAAGAAAUGGGCAUCCAAAUGCCUGCAUGUAGUGAUCGGACAAGGACAAACUGGACACCAGCGAUGGAGUGCUAUUUUAUUGAUCUUUUAUUAGAUCAGGUGCAUAGGGGGAAUAGGAUGGGCCAUACAUUCAACAAACAAGCUUGGACUGAUAUGCUGACCAUGUUCAAUGCCUAUUUUGGAUCUCCAUAUGAUGAAAAGGUCUUGAAAAGUCAUUACACUAAUUUGUGGACUCAAUUCAAUGAUGUAAAGAGUCUACUUGAUCAGAAUGGAUUUUCAUGGGAUGAUACUAAACAAAUGGUGGUCGCCAGUCAUCAUGUUUGGGAUGCUUACAUCAAGGCUCACCCAGAGGCACAGUUUUAUAGAAACAAAGCCUUGAUGAACUUCAAUGAUUUGUGCUUGAUAUAUGCACAUACAACAGCAGAUGGAAGAUACAGCCUAUCAAGUCGUGAUAUAGACUUUGAUGAUGACAUUCAAGGAGUGAAUACUGGUGUUGCAAUGAAUAGCCUUGUACUGGCAAGUAAAGAGCAUUCAAAAAUAGAUUGGACACCAGCCAUGGACCGAUAUUUUGUCAAGCUUUUGCUGGACCAACUUAAAAAAGGCAAUAAGAUCUGUAAUACAUUCAAGAAACAAGCAUGGAAUGAUAUGCUCUCCUCGUUCAAUGGAAAAUUUGGCUCUAAAUAUGGAAAGAGUUUCUUAAAACACCGUUUUAAGAAAUUAUUGAAAUAUUAUAUUGAUGUGAAGAGUCUACUUGAGGUGAAGGGAUUUUCUUGGGAUGAAAUUCAACAAAAGAUAUCAGCAGAUGAUUAUCUAUGGGAUAAUUACAUCAAGGCACACCCAGAUGCGCAUUUGUAUCGUAGGAAGACCUUGCUAAACUAUUGCGAUUUGAAAUUGAUAUUUGGAAAUGCAGUAAGCAAUGGACAUUGCAGUCAUUUAUUGCAAGGGAGAAACUUUGAAGAUGAUAUCAUACAGAUCAAGACAGUCAGUUUUACCUAUCCUGUAGCUGAAGAAAAGGAGGGCCAUACCUCUUCUGAUAGUGAAUGUCGGAGAACAAAUUGGACAUCAACAAUGGAUCGUUUCCUUAUUGAAUUGUUACAAGACCAGGUGCUUAGAGGGAAUAAAAUUGGUCAUGGAUUUGUGGCUGAGGCAUGGAUCGAAAUGCUUAGACUGUUCAAUGCAAAAUUUGGAUCUCACCAUGACAAAGAUGGUCUGAGGAAUAGAUACAAACAUUUAAGGGGACAGUAUAAUGAUAUAAAGGUUCUUCUUGAUCACAGUGGGUUUUCUUGGGAUGAAACAGGAGAAAUGGUAACUGCUGAGGACUAUGUCUGGGAUUCUUAUACCAAGGUGCAUCCUGAUGCUCAGUCAUAUAGAAAUAAAUCUGUUCCCAGCUAUCACAAAUUAUGUGUUAUAUAUGGUGAAGAAGUUUGUAAUGGAAGAUACAGCAUUUCAACGUGCAAUGCAGAUCUUGACAGUGAAGAACCAGAUUUGAGAAUUGGGGAGGAUAUCCAAUGCUAUGCAAACAGUGGUUGUUCAACAACAGAUUGGACACCUUCAAUGGACCGUUAUCUCAUAGAUGUAAUGCUAGAGGAAGUGCAUAAGGGGAAGAAGAUUGAUUUCACUUUCAACAAUCAAGCAUGGAUAGAUAUGUUUAUGUUGUUCAGGGAAUGAUUCUCAUUACAACAUGACAAAGAUUUUCUGAAAAGUCGUUAUAGAAGUUUGGAAAAGCAGUACUUUGAUAUGAAAAAUCUUCUUGAACAGAGACAAUUUUCAUGGGAUGAAACACAGCAAAUGGUCACAGCUUUUGAUGAUGUUUGGGAUGCAUAUGUGAAGGUG